CACUCCCCUGAGCCCCGCCAGACCCCGCUCCGCCCGCGCCCCGCUCCGCCACCCAGGCUCUCGCAACCCCGGCGCCGGCCCCGCGCGCCUUCCCCCGGGGGCCAUGGGGGCGCCCCCGGGCUACCGACCGUCGGCCUGGGUGCAUCUCCUCCACCAGCUGCCCCGCGCCGACUUUCAGCUCCGCCCGGUGCCCAGCGGUUUCGCGCCCCAGGAGCAAGAAUACCAGCAGGCCCUGUUGUUGGUGGUGGCCUUGGCUGGCCUGGGUUUGGGCCUCAGCCUCAUUCUCAUUGCUGCCUACCUCAUCCGCGUUUGCUGCUGCCGGCCCCCAGAGCCCCCCGGUUCCAAGAGCCCCCCACCUGGAGGAGGCUGUGUCACCUGGAGCUGUAUUGCUGCCCUUCUCGUCGGCUGCGCGGGCAUUGGCAUCGGUUUCUAUGGCAACAGCGAGACCAGUGAUGGGGUGUCCCAGCUCAGCUCAGCACUGCUGCACGCCAACCACACGCUCAGCACCAUUGACCACCUGGUGUUGGAGACGGUGGAGAGGCUGGGGGAGGCCGUGAGGACGGAGCUUACCACUCUGGAAGAAGUGUUCACACAGCGCACAGAGCUGGUGGCUGCCACCCGGGGGGCUCGGCGGCAGGCAGAGACUGUGGCCCAGCAGCUCCAGGGGCUGGCCUUCUGGCAGGGAGUGCCCCUGAGCCCCCUACAGGUGGCCGAAGAUGUGUCCUUUGUGGAGGAGUACAGGUGGCUGGCCUACGUUCUCCUGCUGCUCCUGGAGCUCCUGGUCUGCCUCUUCACCCUCCUGGGCCUGGCAAAGCAGAGCAAGUGGCUGGUGAUUGUGAUGACUGUGAUGAGUCUUGUGGUUCUUGUCCUGAGCUGGGGCUCCCUGGGCCUGGAGGCAGCCACAGCCCUGGGCCUCAGUGACUUCUGCUCCAGUCCUGACACCUAUGUGCUGAACCUGACCCAGGAGGAGACUGGGCUCGGCUCAGACAUCCUGAACUAUUAUUUCCUCUGCAAUCAGGCCGUCUCCAACCCCUUUCAACAGAGGCUGACUCUGUCCCAGCGAGCUCUGGCCAACAUCCACUCCCAGCUACAGGGCCUGGAGAGAGAAGCUGUGCCCCAGUUCCCUUCCGCGCAGAAGUCUCUGCUGUCCUUGGAGGAGACGUUGAAUGUGACUGAAGGAAACUUCCACCAGUUGGUGGCACUACUGCACUGUCGAAGCCUGCACAAGGAUUAUGGCACAGCCCUGCGGGGACUGUGCGAAGAUGCCCUGGAAGGCCUGCUCUUCCUGCUGCUCUUCUCCCUCCUGUCCGCAGGGGCCCUGGCCACAGCCCUCUGCAGCCUGCCACGAGCCUGGGCCCUGUUCCCGCCCAGUGACGACUACGAUGACACAGACGAUGAUGACCCUUUCAACCCUCAGGAAUCCAAGCGCUUCGUGCAGUGGCAGUCGUCUAUCUGAGCCCCUCUUCCAUGCCAGACUGGAGGCUGCCCCCCCUCUCCGUUCCCUCCCUGGCUGCUGGAGAAGACCCCACUAACCCAGCCUGAGUGGGCUCCCACCACUAACAUCACCCCUGGCCACGGACACCCCAAACAGGACUGCCUCCCCGCCCUGCCCCCUCUACGUGUCCUUAACCCUGGGAGAAGGCUAAGGGGCAGGCCAGGGCCAGGGGCUGGCCGGGGAGGAGGCCCCUCCUCCCUGGUCACCAGGCCCAUCCUUGAAGGGACAUGAGUUCCCUCACCCCCACCAUACUCUGGUGGGCUUGGGGCCCUUGAUCGCAACUUGUGGCACUAACUUGGGAAUGGGUUGGUUUCAAAUAAAAGGGAAGACUUUAUUUUACAA